GUGAGGAAGUAACAACUUACUAAGUACAGGAAGUAAGAUUCAUCAUCAGCUCAGAGACUGAGACAGAGAAGAACGAUGUCUGAACUCAGUCACAUUCAAAUGUUAGUGUUUCUGAUCCUGAUGCUUCAGUUCACAGUCACUGAACAACUUUCCUCCUCUGUCGCUCUAAGAGCUGGAAACGACGUCACUUUGGUUUGUGAUCGUGUGAAAGAUGAACAGGAUGAAUGUCAGAACAUACAAUGGAUCUACAUUGAUGCAGCUCACACCAGAACUGAUGGACUGGUUAGAAAUGGACAGAUUGUAGCAUCCAGAUCAAACAGACUGAGACUUGGAGAGAAAUGUUCUCUGGUCAUAAAGAACGUCACAGAUCAGGAUGCUGGUCGUUACGUCUGCAGACGAGGUGGAGAAUCUGACGUUUAUCUGUCUGUUGUUACAUUGACUAAAUAUAAGAUAGAACAUAGGACCACCUUCUACUGUUACACGUCAACACAUAAAGACUGUGAACCAUCAGUGAAGUGGCUGAAUCAGGAUAAAGUGAUUAUAGGUAACAGAGACCUGAAGGCAUCACAGACUCGCUACUACGCUGUCGUGUCUUUUGAGGAUUCUCAACGUAUUCACUCAUCAGUGAUGAACUCGUUAACGUGUGAAGUGACUGAUUGUAAAAGUAACGUUCAUCAGUUUCUCUUCAGACCAGAUAAACAUGUAAAACCAGCAACUACAGAAUCAUCUACUUCAGUAACAACAGUCAGAAUCUCACCUACAACAGUCACUGAACAACUUUCCUCCUCUGUCGCUGUCAGAGCUGGAGACGACGUCACUUUGGUUUGUGAACGUGUGAAUGAUGAACAGGAUGAAUGUCAGAACAUAGAAUGGUUCUACAAUGGUGCAGCUCACAUGAGAACAGAUGCUCUGGUUAGAAAUGGACAGAUUGUAGCAUCCAGAUCAAACAGACUGAGACUUGGAGACAAAUGUUCUCUGGUCAUAAAGAACGUCACAGAUCAGGAUGUUGGUCGUUACUCCUGCAGACGAGAUGGAGACUCUGUGGUUUAUCUGUCUGUUGUUACAUUGACUGACUAUAAGCUACAACAUACGAUCAACGCCUACUGUUUUGUGUCAACACAUAAAGACUGUGAACCAUCAGUGAAGUGGCUGAAUCAGGAUAAAGUGUUUAUAGGUCACAGAGACCUGAAGGCAUCACAGACUCACUACUACGCCUUCAUGUCUUUUGAGAAUCUUCAACAUAUUCACUCUUCAGUGAUGAACUCGUUAACGUGUGAAGUGACUGAUUGUAAAAGCAACGUUCAUCAGUUUCUCUUCAGACCAGCAACUACAGAAUCAUCUUCUUCAGUAACAACAGUCAGAAACUCACCUACAACAGGUAAAGACACAAAACCAGCAACGACUGAAUCAACAACUGCUGAAAACUCAGUUCCAACGUUGAUCACUGAAGCUUCAGCAGAAAAACAAGGUUGGUGGAGGAUCAUCAUCGUCUCUGUGGGUUUAACAACACUCAUAAUCACUGUUGUUACAGUCGACAUAUGGAUCAGAACCAAAGGGAACAAAACACAAAAGAAUCAAACCACAGUUGAUGAAGAUGAAGAUGAAGAUGAAGAUGAAGGUGAUGAUACAGUGAAGUAUGAAAAUGCUGGAGUCUCUUCUGCUUCGGUCUGAAUCCACUGAUCAGCAGCUUCAUCAACUCAACAGAAACGAGUCACUGCUGAUGUUAAAGCUCCAUCUUUUGCUGAUGUGACAGAUUAGAUCAGAGAAGAGCAGCACAGAGGAGGAUGAUGAUGAUGAUGAUGAUGAUGAUGAUGAUGAUGAUGAUGAUGAUGAUGAUGAUGAUGAUGAUGAUGAUGAUGAUGAUCUCUGUAUUUGAUCCUGUUCUGUACUGAUCCUGUGUCUGUGUUUAACAUUUAACAUCUGUGUUUUCACCUCUAAUGGUUUUUGUUUUGUCUUUAUUAAUAAAGGCUUAAACCACCAA